UGUUCAGCUGAUACUGGGAUUCCUUGCUAUGUUACUAUGAGACCUUGCCACCUUUAUAUACUUGCGCUCAUGGAAGCUGCUAGAACAUUUGUUGUGUCCAUGGAAGCCUAUAGAACAUCUGUUGUUCUAUUGCUUUCUCUUGCUUUCUGUGUUGUUCCAUGAUGGUCGUUCAUAGACAUGCGAUUUGCCACUGCCGAUCACGUCGUGAGAUCUUGACCGCGAGUAGCAUCACCUCCAACAGUUUCGUCCCUCGUUCGUUGCAUUCUUCUCUUGCUCGCGUCUCCCUAAAGAUGGACAUUCCCCGGGCGUCUGCUUCUCCCCAAACAACACAAUGGACAGACUGUGAGUCUUCGUUCUCGUCAUCGCAUACGCGUUUUGCUAAUCUCCGUAGCCACCUGCGCCAACCAGAUGCGCGUGCGCACCGCCACCCAUGGCGAGGCGCUGCCAUGCUCCUUUUCAUCAACUUCGUCUUCCCUCUUUUGGUGCUUGUUGCGGCGUACGGCGCAUCAGCCUACGUGUCUGACUUGUAAGUUGUUCAGCGACGACAAGGAACCCUGCUAACCGCAGCCUGCCAUCUUCCGACACGACCAAAGCAAUAAGAGAACUGACUCAAGCAGUUCAGGAGCAGACGGACGUCAUAGCUCAACGAGCUUAAUCGCGCCUUUCGAUCUUAC